AUGGUUCGCGACGAUGGCAAGUACAAGUUCUACUUUAUCGCGCAUGAAGAAUCGGCCGCGAUUGUGCAUGCCAUCGCCCAGAAUCGGAUCGUGGACGGCAUCUACGAGCGCAUCCAACAUAACAUGGGAGGCGCGGCACCCCCCACCACGUUCAAAAUCAAACUGUGGAGCGGUGGCGAGUCAGACGCAUGGCACGUCGAACGCCCCAAAGACAUGAAGAUCUUGGGCGGCCUUAAGCAUCGAAUCGAACAUGGCAAAUACGAAAUCGCCAACAACGACAGUCACACGAAAGCAAAAAUCGAUUACCUCGAAAACGACUUCGAAACCCGAGUCGCCAAGGAACUGCUGGAUGUCUGGCACCGAUGUUCAAUCGGCUGCGUGAUCAGCGUCGGACCCAACGAAUACGCCAGGGCCACCCAGCAGGGGUGGGUCGCGGCGUUCGACGGGCGCCCGACGACCUGGCAGAGAUUGCUCAUCCGUUCGUCGCCACACGACAGUGGCACCAAACGCCGAUCCUUCGGCGUGCGAGGUGAUGGCGCCUUGCUCGAUCGCACCUUCACGAUCGAAUCGGUCAGCGAGUGGAAGGUCGACGAUCCGAAACCGUACAUCGAGCACGCUCUGACGAAUCGCAAGUACGCCAGGGCCUUUAUCGGCGUCAUCUCAAAGUGCGAGAGCUGGAAUGCACAGAUCCAAGAGAUCAUGCAAGCCGUCAUCCGAGCCUACACCGACGGCCAAGACAGAAUCAGGCACUGGUCCAACAUCGGGCCGGGUAAGAGGCCGACCGAUUUGCCGCCGACCGACAUCGAUGCCGCCACACUGCGCAAGGUCAAUGCCGGGUUGGCCUGGAUCGGCGCGAUGCGCUCCGUCUGUUCACACGAGAGCACGAAGCUCAAGAUCCGAGGCAAGGGCGAAGAACCGUUGGCGUGGGAAGACGUCGACGAUCGCGUGAUGGCCCAACGCAUCCGCGCCAACGAUUCGGUCAUCAUCUUCGAGGUCAUCGGUUUGGCGAACUACGGCGUCAAGUGCUCCAUCGAGAUCACGAGUGCCGCCCAGGACAUCCGCAGCUUCAUGUGCCGCGAGACGCUGUGGAUGGACCCGAACAGCAUCGAGACGUGGAUGGGUCGACGCGCUAUGGGCCAUCGCAAGCGACUCGCCAUCGCCAUCCGCCACCUCGACGACGACAAACGCGCGUUCAAACUGGCUAUCCCUCCGCUGCAGCGCUCGCGCUCGUCGCCCGAUGUGUUGGAACCGGAUCUCAGGUCGGGCCGGCUCCCACUGUCGUCGCGAACGUCGAGGGGCGGAUCCGUCGUGGGUCGUCGCACCACCAAGGCCUACGCGAACAUGUUCGGCGGCAUCGCCGUCAAGUGCGUGUACGACGGCGACGUGAGCAUCGACGGUGACGUAUCGUUGGGCUACGCAUUUCGUCACAUGACGACACAUGCAACAAGGGGCCGCACAAAUUGUGCAGCCGCCUUCAAUAAAUAG